AUGCGGCUGUCACGAGCUUGCCAGUUGAGUCGAGUCGGAUCGUUGGCGCUACUGGAGUUGAUGUGGGCCAGAAGCUAUCGAGGCAACAGUAAUAUGGCGAGACGUCAACAGUUCGAUCAUCGCGACGAGUUUAAUCAAGCGAUGCGUAGUGCAGCUCAUCAGGCCGACCUUCACAUGGUCCAAUGGCUGUUAGGCCACUUUCCUGACAUUCCUAUCUCCGAAAUGGUUGUUAGGGCAGCAGCUGCUAGCGGCCGCUCGGGGAUGUUACAACUUCUGGAAGGUACCAAAACGCGUGCAGCUAUUCCAUGGACAAAACAAGCCAACACCGAGUUGGUGCUAGCUGCCUUCGAGCAAAACAAUGUAGAGGAGCUCAAGUGGGCUCUUGGAAAUGGCUAUGGGGUAUGGAGGUCUUCUUACUGCAGUUUCUAUGGUGGGGAUUGGCGAUACAAGACCGAAAUGCUGCGUUAUAUGUUGGACGGUGGUCAUGCUGAAGAAAGAAUUGCUCGCGACGCGCUUGUUGAAGCGUCUGAAAAGGGUGAUUUAUCUUUCAUGCAAUGGCUGGUGUCAUACAUGGAGGCAAUCCACGUUGACGUGGGCGUGGACAACAUUUCACUAUCCAUGGAAAAUGCAUGUGAUAGGGGCCAUCUUGAUAUUGUGCAAUGGCUACUUGCCUAUCAGGAUAAUUUCCCAAGUGAUGAUGAUGUAGUGGUUUGCAUGGAGAUGGCUAUGAUUAAUGCAGCAAGGGGUGGGGCGCUAGAAGUGGUGCGAUGGCUCUACGAAACGUAUGCUACUGAUUCAAGCAUUGAUCUAUUGGCUGGUGUAAGCCAGAUCCUGAUGCCAGUGUACGUGUUGGAUCAGCGAUGGAUGUUGCAGCAAGUUACGGUCGUCUUCACGUGCUCCAAUAUCUUUAUGAAGCCGAUGCUGCGUCGAGAUGAAUCGCGCCAGCUGACCAAACACUCCAGCAGUAUCAUCAAGAGUUAA